AUGGCCGUCCUCGGAAAGCGCAAGGCUCCAGAGCCGACGGUAUCAACAGAAGACGCACAAGAGAUUUUUCGGCGACACUUUGAGGCGCAGUUUCUUCCGCUGCCGGAAGCGAAGCGCAAGGCGAAGGCUGUGGAGGAAGAGGAUGGAAAUGAAGACGAGGAUGAGGAUGAGGAUGGAAGUGAAGAUGACGACGACGACGACGAAGAGGAGGAGGAAGAUGAAGAUGACAAUCCAGUCAUCGAAGUAGUCGACCAUUCCGUCUCUCAGGCUCCCACAACAAGCACAAUGUCCAAACGCGAACUCAAAGCCUUCAUGUCCUCUCGUCCCCCAGAUCAAACCUCCUCCCCCAAACCAACCGCCCAACCCUCCUCCUCAAAAUCCUCCGCCGGCCUCCCCGAAGACGCACCCUCCCUCCUCGCACAAGACCUCGAGCUCCGCCGCCUCAUCGCAGAAUCCCACCUCCUCCAGACAAACAAGCCCCUCUCCCUCGCCGCCGCACUCUCCACGACGUCCUCACCAAACGCCCGGCCAAAGGCCUUUUCUUCUGGCCGCGUACGCCAAAAGGCGCUCGAUAUGCGUAUACAGGCGCUUGGUUCGAAGACUUCGAUUCUCAAGCAGGAGAAGAUGCCCAUGCACAUGCGCAAGGGGAUUAAUGCUGCUGCUGUGGAGAGAGAGGCUAAGCGCAGACGCGAGGCCAAGGAGACUGGCGUUAUCCUGGAACGAGAGACUGGCAAGAAGAAGAAGAGAGAUCGAAGAGGAGGCGGUGGCGGCGGUGGUGGGUUUGGCCCGGCUGUAGGUAGGCUCAAGGGUGCUGAGCUUAGAAUCAGCGAGAGAGAUGUCAAGAAGAUUGAGGGGACGAGAGAUACGUUUGGUAGAAAGGGAGGCAAGCGAUGA